AUGCCUGAAUGCCGUAUAUUACGGCAAUUGCCGUAUCAAGAACAUCACUGCCCCGACGCCGCCGCGCACGCGCCCGCCCCUCCCCCGCCCGCACCCCCGCCGCCCGCCGCGCGCACACCCAACGCGCUACGAGUGGCGUGCGAGCGCUGGAUCGAUUUCAUCUCGGGAGAUGGAAUCUCGUGCUUUGAGAUUGGGUUUCUUCUUAAAGCAAUUGUAAUCGGCGAAGAAUAUGAAAUACUUCACGAAGCAGCAGUUGAAUUUGAUGUUGAUCUUCCAGAGUUCAGAACGGCCGGUGGAGUGCUCAAAGGAGAGCGCGGUGAGGUGACAGCCCCCCCUCUGCUAUGGGUCAAAGCUCUGGACAUGGUGAUGGACCGCCUGGUAGUGGCUGGCGUUGACUUCUCCUUGAUCGAUGCCUUGUCGGGAGCAGCCCAGCAACACGGCUCAGUCUGGUGGGCCAAGGACGCGGAGUCCCGUCUGGCGACACUUGCCCCGGACCAGUUCAUCCACACGCAGCUGGCUACUUCCUUCGUGACCAACUCGCCCGUGUGGAUGGACUCCAGUACCUCUGCUGACUGCAGGGCCCUGGAGGAAGCUGUUGGAGGAGCAGAGGAGCUGGCCAAAUUAACGGGGUCUCGCGCAUACGAGCGGUUCACAGGCGCUCAGAUCCGCAAGAUGUUCCGCACUCGCCCGCGAGCGUAUCAAGCCGCGACGCGGAUCUCGCUGGUGUCUUCCUUCGCCUGCUCCCUGUUCCUGGGCCGCAUCGCUCCCAUCGAUUUGUCGGACGGCUCCGGGAUGAACCUGCUCGAUAUACACUCUUUGAAGUGGGAUGAGAAGGCUUUGAAGGCGUGCGGAGACGAGACCCUGGCCCAGAAGCUAGGCGAGCCGAUAGCGACUGCUAGCGACCUGGGCGUCAUCUCACCCUACUUCGUGGCGCGCUAUGGCUUCCGCGCCGAUUGUCGCGUGGUGGCUUUCACUGGAGACAACUGCUCUGCGUUAGCAGGUCUCCGCCUCCGCACCGGCUGGGUGGGUCUCAGCCUGGGCACCAGCGACACGCUCUUACUGGGGCUCCCCGCGCCCGCCGCGCCCCCCGCGGGGCACGUGCUCGUGGGGCCCACGCACGAUGCCCCCUACAUGGCCCUACUGUGCUUCGCUAACGGCUCGCUGACGAGGCAGAACCACCGCGAUCGCUUGGCUGGACCCAGCUGGGAUGCGUUCAAUGAUUUGUUAAGAGCGACUGUUAGAGGCAACAUGGGAUAUAUGGUUAUAACUCAGCAGCUAAAGGAAUAUUUGCGUGCGACUCCUACGGGACACGUCCUGGUGGGGCCCACUAAUGAUGCACCCUACAUGGCCCUACUGUGCUUCGCUAACGGCUCGCUGACGAGGCAGAACCACCGCGAUAGGCUGGCCGGGCCUAGCUGGGACGCGUUCAAUGACUUGUUAAGAGCGACUGUUAGAGGCAACAUGGGAUAUAUGGGCGUGUACUUUGACACCGCGGAAAUAGUCCCACGGGCGGCGCCGGGUCGCUGGCUUCGGGACGCGAACGGGCGCGCUAUUGACCGCUUAGCGCCGCAGUUUGAAGCGCGCGCGCUACUAGAGGGACAGGCUUUAGCGCGCCGCGCGCACGCUGAAGAUAUGGGAUUCACGCUGGACGCGUCAUCGCGACUGGUGGCGACAGGCGGCGCGUCCGUCAACAAGGAACUCCUUCAAAUCUUCGCUGAUGUCUUCAACACGCCCGUUUAUGUUCAGGAUCACCACGCGAACGCAGCUCUGCUGGGAGCGGCCAUCCGUGCGGCUGACGUGUGGAGCACGCGCACCGGAACUAAACUGCCCGGCUCGGAACUGUCAGUGUCUCCCGCGGCCACGCCCUACGCCGACCACGACGCCAUCUACACGCCGCUGCUCGCGCGCUACCGACAGAUACUGGCUGAGAUACCCAAGCUCGGCGACUGAGCUGACCCGCUGGUUGGGUAGUUGACACCGUUAUAGUUUGACCACAAGCUGUGCCGCUCUUGUGUUUAGUACUCAAUACUUUAUUGCUUCACCACAUUAGCAUUUAGGUCUUACAAUUCAAGCAACAAGAACAAUGUGGACCCAGUAGUGUGCAAUCAAAUGUGGAUCGCAGAGAGCACGCUUCGCUUCGUAAUUAAGUGGACAUCUAGCAAAGAUAAAAUCUGUUACUUGUUUAGAAUCCCGCGUAUGUAAUAUCAAACGAACAUAAAAUAAAAACUCCAGAAAGACAGCCCUGAGCGGCAUAGCUCUAGUGGUCAAGUUAUAAACCGUAGUAGCGCUCACCAGUUGGUACCAUUGGAGAAUGACAGGACUUCAUUCUCUCAUUCGCCAGGGUUGCCAACUAGUGAGUAAAUGCGAUAGUCCUCAUUGUCCUUACAAACCGUCCAAACGAGAUUCCUAAAUACGAUGAUAGAUUAAUUGAUUUGUUGGUGUCUCCUACCCAAUUGUUCAUUCGUCAUUUAAGUAGCUUUCAAUUUGACACUCACUGUUUAUCCAUCGCUGGCUCAUAGAGACCAUCCCAGCUCAUUGGCGAUUAUCACACUGCGCCGCGCUCCGCCGCGGUACGCGGGACGACAGAUUUAAUCAUUGUAUGCAAGUACCUCAGUUUGUAUAGAAAACACGCGCGGCACAACACACUGACAACGCGUCUGCGCGCGGGAUUUUUUAUAUGAAAUCACGCGGACCGCGGCGCAGUGUGAUAAUCGCCAUUGUGUUGUUGCGGCAGUGGAUGUAAAGUGACGUCACAACUACUAACAUAUAACUGGGUACUGCCCCACUUUGUAAAACGUUUCGUUUCUCUGUUCAACCGAUAGUCGUCAUUCGCUAGAGUAGGGUUUGAUACGAGAGUCACGAUAUCGAUUUGCAAAGUAGACCCACUUAUUAGUCGCAAUUUUCAUUAAUUACGAUAUUUUUAAUUUGAAUAGUUAUCUCACGCUGGCGUUAGAUGACAAACAGUGAAAUUAUCGUAAUAAUUAUUUAAUUUGAAAUUACAUCGAACGAAUGAACAAUCGAUAGAUAAAAUGUUACAUUCGUUCAAUCCAAGUUAACAUGAAUGACGUAGGUAUAUGCUUUUUUGUAUUUAGAUAGUUAAUACUCUGAAAGAUAGCUAAAUAAUAAUUAUUAACAUUCCAUUUGAUAAGCUUUACUGUGCCUUAGACUUAAUAUAAUCAUGUGCUGAUAUUUUUGUCAAUGAAUCUGAUAUUUUGUGAUUUAAAAGCAAAGAUAAGAGAUUGUUUUAAUAUAUAAUAAUUUAUAUUGAGAGUUUUUAAUAUACCAGGGACUUAAUAGGUUUUCUAGAUGGUGCUUCGAUCUAUGUGCAAUAUACAUCACAUACAUUCCCUAGCUGAAAGUUUAUAUAUUUUUACACACAACUAAUAUGCUACAUGCAUUUUGUUAUACAUUUUACACGUUUUUAUUAAAUGUUUACUUAAAAA